UACACCGGCAAGGUCUGCAUAAUUGGAGCCGGCGUUACUGGCCUCUUCAUUGGAAUGCUGCUAAAAUACGUCGGAAUUACUGACAUCGACAUCCUCGAAGGCAACAAUCGGGUUGGCGGCCGCCUAUACACUCACCAUUUCACGGGUGAUACCAGACACAACUACUACGAUGUGGGAGCCAUGAGAGUUCCAGAAAUCCCAUGGAUGCAGCCAACCCUUCGACUCAUGCAUUAUCUAGGCCUUGAUGUGCAACCCUACAUAUACAAGAACCCCGAAACGAUCCCACCCCCACCCGUGUCUUAUUGGUACCGACACGAGCCGGUAGAGGAUGAUGAAUUCGAUGAUUUCAUGGAACCCAUCGUUAGCGAUUUUGCGAACAACUUCCAACUUGCCUUCACGAAGUGGUUGACCACGGACAAGGACAACUUCUCCACGAGAGCCUUCCUCAUGGCAGGACCGAAGGAUCAGGGUGCUCCGUCUCCUCCAUGGUCAUACGAUCAAACCGCCCACGCUGAGCUCUAUGACACGUCGACAGGUUUAUUUGAUCAAUCUUUCACAGAGACUGUUAUCGACUAUACCGAUUUUCAGAAUGCCUCCAAGGACCAAUGGUGGCGGGUCGAAGGCGGCUGCCAACUUAUGGCAGAUGCCAUGCAGUCCAAAUUGGCCGAUGUAUCCUGGCCGCGCGUGGAUUCCAAGCCAAUUACCGUGACAACCAAUUCUCGUGUGGUAGCCUUGUCGAACGACAAUGUGGCGAAGAAGAUCAGCGUUACUGUCGCUGACAAAGCUCCUGCAAAGUACGAUUUUGUUUUCAACACCACCGCUAUGGCGCCUCUUCAGCAAAUGGACCUCCAGGGCCUACAGCUCCCUGACAAUAUCCUAACGGGUAUUCGCUCACUAAGCUAUGACCGCGCGACAAAAGUUGCUAUCAAGUUCUCGGAAGCUUGGUGGAAUCCCUCUGAUGUGGAUCAGUAUGGCGGUUACUCCAGUAGCGAUCUGCCAAUCAGGACUACGGUCUAUCCCUCCUGGAACGAUGGUCAUGACUAUCCCACUGUGAUGAUAGUCUCGUACACAUGGGCUCAGGACGCUACUCGUAUGGCCUCCUUGGUGCAGGACUACGAUCCUCUUCGCAAGCCGUCUGUGGAGGAUCCCAUUGUGCAACUCUGCCUCGAGAACCUGGUCAAGUUGUGGUCUGAUCGCUCUCCUCGGCCGAGCUUCGAGACUCUCGUUGGCUUGUAUGAGUCCCACCACGCUUGGGGGUGGGAGAAUGACCCUUGGACCGGUGGUGCAUAUGCACUGUUCGGCCCCGGUCAGUUCAAGAAUGUCUACCCACAGUUCCAGCUGUUAUACUGCCAGAAUAAGUUCGCCAUGUGCGGCGAGGCAUUGAGCUCGCACCACGCGUGGAUCUCGGGUUCGCUUGAUAGUGCAUACAUCAAGACGGUUGAGUUUCUGCUCGCAAACAAGUUGACAGAUGAGAUAGAAAUAUUGAGAAAGGCCAUUUUCGGUGGCGGACCGGGAGGCAUUCCUGAGGAAAUGGAUGACGAGUUGGUGAAGUGGACUAUACUUCUUGGUGAGGGUGGCGGGCCUGAAGGCUGGGGUGAUGAAUUGAAAUUGAAGGCUUGA